UUGUCAACAACCAAUGGACGGUAUCGAUACUGUGACCCCUUGAUGGUAGUCUAGCUAGAUGGAGCUGUAACUUUCACCAUGAAGCUCUGCGACGUCUAUUUGACCCUCUUGGUGGUGUUCACUGCAGUGGGAGCCACUGAUGGAUUUUCCCCGCUGCCAACAAGCCGUCAAUCGAACCUUCCUGUUGUUCCCGUCGUGCAGCCCCCGCCAUGUUUUCGCCUGUUUGGAAUUUUGGACGAAAUCAAUAAUGGUGGCGCAAGUUCCUCUUCAGAAGACGACGAGCAGUUCGAUUCGCUCUUUAAUGAUCUCAUCUUUUGUACGGGUGACACCAAAGCGGUUAUCGCGGAUCGAUUAGAAUCCUGCAGCGAUCCAGAUUUCUUGCAGUGGCUGGAAUGGAAUAUGGAAGAAUCCGAGGACGACGAAGAAGCACAGGCAUUGCAAGAUUUGCUCGAGAUGAUCGACCAAGUGGCAACCGAAACCCAAGCUAACAACAACAAUCAGCAGGCAGAACAGGAACGUCGUCAAGAAGAGCAAGCCAAGAAACAGCAAGAGAUGGAAUCACAACAAGCAUCCGAUACAACUGACAACGAUACCGGCAGUGCUAGUGCUACUAGUAGUAUGUCGGCUGCAGACUUGUUGAAGAAAGCCAAUGCCAUUGAUCAAGCCGUCAUGAUUGCCGAGGCAUCCGAUGACGAAAAACCGAAUGAUUUUAUGCGGGACGCCAAGGCAGAACGCGGCCUUGGAGGAUUCAAUAAUAAAGGACGAAUGAGAGUGGGGGGUGGCUAGUUGAUGCGUUACCGAAAAAUGUUGGGCUGCAGUACGUACAGCCAUUGAUUGCAGUCCUCAGUCAGUCGAUAAAAUUUUACCAAAAGCAAGCAAAAUGGCCUGGUUGCGAAGAGAUGUUCUGCAAACAUUCCUUCGUGUCACUUCGGAAUCGAAUCAGCACAUUUGGGUUUUGCCGUUGGGACUCGAUUCACUUUCACUCUAUCUGUAUUUUAAAUAGCUGAAACCAGGAUCAUUGUCUUUGGAAAUUAUUUGUCAUAAUUGAGCAGUCAUUUCGUGCUCCUUCCCCAACACAUCGUUUAUUGUUUUGGCAAUCAGAGGACACCAUGAUGCCAAUCCAUCUCUGGAAGGAUGGAGCCCAUCGGUCAUGGUCUUUGCGCUGACCUUGUCGGGAGAAUCAGGGUCCAAGAAAACACCGGAAGCCUCCAUGUACCGACAUUGCUGCUCUGGAUCUUGAUGGCAUUCCUCUCGCAAACGUUGAUUGAUCCAUUGUAUCUGUUUCCAAUACUCGCCCGUCUUGUAAUCGUUGUCAGCCAUGUUUUCCUUCAUGGAAAUAUCACUUCUGGGCAGUAAUCCGUGAAGAAUAAAUUUCGCC